AUGGAACUGUCAUCUUUCGUCGAGCGUAUCCGAGGUGGUAACGCCGCUAAAUUCCCCUCUGACGCAAAUACCCUUGACUUUGCGCGCAAUUUGGAUUCGCAGGAUAAAUUGAGUCAUCUACGUGAUGAAUUCGUUCUUCCCACCAAGGAAUCUUUGAAGAAGAAGGCUCUUGAUGGAUCAAUUCCAAACGGUGUUGCGCAGAAUGGUACAAAUGGCCAUGCCAACGGCGUAGAUGACAACACACAAUGCAUCUACUUCGUCGGCAACUCCCUAGGCGCCCAACCAAAAGCCGUUCGCGAGCAUUUGAACGCUCAAUUAGAAACAUGGGCUUCCGUCGGUGUAAACGGACACUUCAGCGCCCUUGAGAAUUCACCUCUUCCAGCGUGGCAAGAUCUCGCAGAAGACUGCGCCAUCAGAUCAGCCGACAUCGUCGGUGCAUCACCCCACGAGAUCGUCAUCAUGAACACCCUCACCGUCAACUUGCAUCUCCUUAUGGCAAGCUUUUACAAGCCUACGGAGAAGCGCCACAAGGUUAUUCUCGAGUGGAAGCCUUUUCCUUCCGAUCACUACGCCAUUGAAAGUCAGGUUGUCUGGCAUGGACUUGAUCCUGAGAAGAGCAUGAUCAAGAUUGAACCUAAUGAGGAUCAUAUUAUUACUACGGAUCUUGUGCUUGAGACGAUUGAUAAGCAUGCUGAUGAUACGGCGCUUAUGCUCUUGCCUGGUAUUCAGUACUACUCUGGUCAAUUGUUCGAUAUUCCCCGAAUUACAGCUUAUGCGCAAGCGAAGGGUAUUGUCGUUGGUUGGGAUCUUGCACACGCAGCUGGAAACGUAGAGUUGAAGCUUCAUGAUUGGAACGUCGACUUUGCAUGCUGGUGUACAUACAAGUACAUCAACGCCGGCCCUGGUUCUAUCGCUGGUGCUUAUGUCCAUGAGCGUCAUGGCAAGGUGGAAGUUGAUUCUUCAACCGGCAAGGCGAGCUACAGACCGCGUCUCAUGGGCUGGUACGGCGGCGACAAGUCCGUUCGAUUCAACAUGGAUAACAACUUUAUUCCUACCGCUGGAGCAGGAGGAUACCAGCUAUCCAACCCCAGCGCAAUCGAUCUGGCCAGUUUAUCUGGUGCAUUGAGCGUGUUUAACAAAACAACCAUGCAUGAUCUCAGGUCAAAGGCUUUGGUGCUAACAGCCUACGCUGAGUUCCUUUUGGAUCAGAUUCUUUCUGAGGCUGGUGAUUCUACCCUUUUCAGAAUCAUCACACCACGCGAUCCUCUUCAGAGAGGUACACAGUUGAGUGUCCUGUUGAGAGAUGGAUUGUUGGAUGAUGUUAGUGCGGCUUUAGAGGAGAAUGCUGUGAUUUGUGAUAAGAGGAAGCCUGGUGUUAUUCGAGUUGCGCCUGUGCCUUUGUAUUCCAGGUUUGAGGAUGUUUGGAGGUUUAUGCAGAUUCUGAGAGGGGCUUUGAAGGUUUAG